UUUCAUGUCAACGUCGUGUGUCAUUUUUUGGCAGUGGCUUCGCCAGAUCAGAAAACGCUGUUGUUUACGUGUGUUUUUCCUCAACCUAGAUCAACGAUAAAGAAUGGAUUUAUCGAGCAUUCUACCAAAUCCAGUGCAACCCGUUUGGGACCGGGACGAUGAGCGCAAGAAGAGAGCCGCCCUGAAACCAUCGACGGCUCUCGUGUCCGCCCAAGCAAUUGCACCCCCUUAUGGACAGCGCAGAGGCUGGGUGCCCCGUAAUACUACCGAUUAUGGGGAUGGAGGCGCGUUUCCGGAAAUCCAUGUCGCCCAGUAUCCGCUGGAAAUGGGGCGCAAAAAGGACGCCACAUCAAAUGCCCUGGCCGUUCAAUUGGACGCUGAUGGGAGGGUAAAAUACGAUGUGCUUGCCAGACAGGGACAUGGCAAGGAUAAAAUCGUCUAUUCCAAGCUGUCGGAUCUCCUGCCAGUGGAAAUGGUUUCUGAGAAUGAUCCGUCCCUGGAAAAGCCUGGCCAGGAGGAAAUUGACGAUGUGACGGAGCGCACCAGGCAGGAGCUCAUGAAAAUCACCAACUCCAAGAUAGCUGCAGCUAUGCCGGUGCGUGCAGCAGAUAAGCUGGCUCCUGCCCAGUUUAUCCGCUAUACGCCUUCGCAGCAAGGAGCUGCAUUUAACUCAGGAGCCAAGCAGCGAGUAAUUAGGCUGGUCGAGGCCCAAGUGGACCCCAUGGAGCCUCCUAAAUUCAAAAUCAAUAAGAAAAUACCCAGGGGACCCCCAUCGCCGCCCGCCCCUGUGCUGCACAGCCCUACCAGGCGAGUAACAGUGAAAGAGCAGAAAGAAUGGAAGAUUCCACCGUGUAUCUCCAAUUGGAAGAACGCUAAAGGUUACACGGUUCCUCUUGAUAAGCGACUAGCGGCAGAUGGCAGAGGUUUGCAGCAAAUUCACAUUAACGAGAACUUUGCCAAACUGGCUGAAGCCCUUUACAUUGCUGACAGAAAAGCGAGAGAAGCUGUGGAAACUAGGGCGCAGUUAGAGAAGAAACUCGCUCAGAAGGAAAAGGAAGCGAAAGAAGAGCAUUUGCGCCAGCUUGCUCAGAAGGCGCGUGAUGAGAGGGCAGGCAUCAAAACCUCGGGAUCCACUCAUGUGCGCACUGCCGACGACGAAGAGCAAGAACGAGACGCUCUUCGACAGGACAGACACAAAGAGAGAGCUAGAGACAGGAACCUGGCGCGGGCCGCGCCCGAUAAAAGAAGCAAACUACAAAAGGAACGGGAAAGGGACAUUUCUGAGCAAAUCGCCCUUGGCAUGCCAGCCAGGGGCCCGUCAGCAACUGAAGCCCAGUUCGAUCAGCGACUCUUCGGACAGGCCAAGGGGCUGGGACAAGGCUUCCACGAUGACGAAGCCUACAAUGUGUACGACAAGCCGUGGAGGGAAGGUGGAUCAAUGGCCAAUCACAUUUACCGGCCCAACAAGAACAUGGAUAAGGACAUCUACGGAGGCGAGGAAUUGGACAAGGCAAUCAGAACCAAUCGCUUUGUGCCAGACAAGGAGUUUGGAGGCACCGAUCGGUCGGCAGCCGGUCGCAGUGGGCCUGUACAGUUCGAGAAAGAAGAGGAUCCUUUCGGUUUGGAUCAGUUCUUGUCCCAGGCCAAAAAGGGGAGCAAGCGCAAGGAGCCCGAGAAGAGAGACGACCGUGAUAAGAAGAAGCGAAGGGACUAGGACUUGUACAGUGUUUUCGUGUUGGAGUGAAUGCACCGAUCGAUAUUGGAUGUAUUUUUACGAUUGAUCCAAAAACAUAAUUGUCCACUGACAAGUUAUUCAUUAUUCAGUUAAUAUUGUUCGGGCAGUUUUUUCUAUAGUUGUAUUUGUAAAUAAUAAUUUGGCUGUUUGGGUUGCUUUUCCCGAAUGAAGCCUAAUUUUGUCAACUUGAAAAUAUCUGCGAAAAACGCCAGUGUGUGCAAAAUGUACGCGGAACCAAUAAGAGUAAAAACAUGUAAAAAAACUUUAA